UAAUCGCGAUUUUUUGGCACGUCACAGCGCCGCGUCAUCAUGUCUCCGUGUCUGCUUUUAUCAUUCGGGAAUUAAUUUGUUCAACAUUAUCAAACCAUAACGACACCUUUUUAUGUGGACUACAAAUUGUUAACGGUUUUGAGAUAGAUCUUUACGAUGGAACUUUUGAGGCAAGUCUCCAAUACGCAGUUUUUGUUUCCUGUGGCGGCUGUAGCUGUUGUAUUAGUAUGCGCAGCUUUAGUAUUUGUGUUCGGUUUCCAUUCAGCGGAACAGCCACAAUUUGAUAAGCUGCCACUAGUAUUGGAUGAUAGGAAAUCGUCGAACAAGAAGAGAAAAACUAAGGACAAGAAGUCUUCACCCAACCGUACAACAACCGAUGAUGUGAAGGCAAAGUCUGACAACUCCAAAAAAUCUCCUACGAAGGAGAAAAAGGAGGAAAAGGUGAAAGAAGCUGACAGACCAAAACCAAAGGAGAGACUGACAGAUCGGGCUACCAAGAAAGAAUCCAAGGAGGAUGCUAAGAGAGGCAAAAAGAAGACUGCUGUAGAGCAAGAGAAGCCAGCAGACUUUGACGAGGGUGUGUGGGAGGAGGUGCCAAAGAAGAGUGACAAAAAGAAGGUGAAGAAUCCAGAAGAAGGUCAAAAGAAGAAAGAGAGUCCAGCCAAAAAGAACAAGAAAACUAAAGAUGCAGAUGUGGAAGCUGCACGGCCUUUCCUGGAGGAAGCUCAAGAGGAAACAAUCCGUGUGAUCAGCGCAGAGGGGCCGGAUGUUGAUGAAGAAGCUGCUGCAGCUUUACAGGCACAAAUUGAAGAAGUUCAGCGUGUGCUCAAAGAGGCGGAGCGCCGUGAGCAGGCCGCGCUGGGCGGCGGGGACGCGGACGAGGCGGAGGAACUGACUGAAGUCAAGGAUCUCAGGAGCAACAAGAAGAAGGAGAACAAGGAGAAACAGAACAAGAAGAAGGCCAACGAGACUGCUGCUGCUUCUAAAGCUUCUGUGAAAGCUGAGCCCGCAGACAAUUCGGACUCUUCGGAGAAACAAGACGAGAAACCAAAUGCGCCUGCCUUUGAUGAACUUGGAGACACUUGGACGGACGCGAAGGUGCCUAAGAAAAGCAAGAAGAAGGCGCGCAAAGACCAGUGAGAGGUAAGUGUUUGGGUCCACAGCUAGCUCAAUGCCAUUCACACCGCUGGGAACCGAGGCGACCCGGACUGUUACCGCCACAACGUGAACUGAAAACCACUACAUUCUCCUAGAUUCCAAAAUUACUAGUUAUAUUUCCUUUCAGGGUCUUAGUUUUACAGGGUGUGAAAGUAUAUUUAAGUUUAGUUGAUUAACUGUUCGAAACAUAUUCAGUUAAAUUACGUCCAUGUUUUUAGUUGCAUAUUUUAUUUUAUAUCUAGCUCAUGUUGACUUGUUUUCUUAAUAAUUUAAUUAUUGUUUACUAUUAAUGCAUAAUAUGUUUUGUUAUAAUAUGGGUUAUAAUAUAACGAAGUCAUAAUUUAACGUUCGGAGAACAUAAUGUAACUGACUUUUGGGAAUCUGCAAUAUGUUUGUUAGCUUUCUUGUUGUUAAGAAAGUUGAUGUCAUGUUUGUGAAUUACAUAAUAAAAUGUAAGGUGUAAGUUGUAUAACAUUAGGUAUCUAACCCUGUACGUAGCUGUAUAAGACUAGGAACGUAUACCCAUUAACAUUCGAGAUCUUCUGGUGCUUGUAGUGUAUAAGUCUUGUCUCCUUCCAUUCCAUUUGUGUGCAUUUUAUCCUAGUCUCACUAACGUAUAUACCGGCGACUAUUCAUGUAAACAUUCAAAACAUCUAAUGACAUAUUAGAUUAAGUUAAUGGAUGUUGAAUUAAAAAUAUGACGAGACCUGAAUUUGGACCAAUCAUUGUGCAGAACAUAUACAUCGCCAUACCAGUCAAGUAUAGAAUUCAUAUUGGCUUUUUUAUUUUUAGAACACAAAUUUAUUUUUCUUAUAUAUGUAUUUACUUAUUAGACCUUGUUUCCGUCCGCGAAGCAUAGCUUUGGCGGUACAGUGUCAUAGUUGAAUCGCACAUAUCUUUUCCCCAACUUAAUAGUUUUAUAAUAUUAUUGUCUUCUUUGAUAAAUUGCUAUGUUAGCAAGCCGACGUACUAUUUUAUUGCAGAUUCCUAUUUUGUAUACCUAGUUUUAAGAAUAAAAGUAUGUAAUAGUGCCGACAUGUAAUAUUUUGAAAUUCUAAAUGUCUUUGAAUUCAAAUACGAGAUUUAUUUAUCAUAAAUAAUAUGAGAGUGCAAGCGCCAUUAUAAUUGAUCGAUAUAGACGAACUUUAAAGUAGCUUCAAAACAUUAUUGUUACAAAUGAUAUUUGUUUAUCGGCUGUGCAAUAUUUUUACGUACACCAACAUUAUAUUAACCUUCAAAUGAAAAUACCGUCUGAAAAACAUUUUCUGCAUAAAAUUAAAGCAUAAUCUAAGCCCUCGGAUUUUUGUUUUCUUCUCUAUAUGUGCAACUAUCUAUAUAAGUUUUAUUAUAAAAUAUAUUAUAGUUGAGUUAGUAUCUCUUAACACAAGCCUCGAACUUACUUCGAGACUAACUAAAUAUGUGUUAUUUGUCCUGUAUAUAUUUAUUUAUUUAUCUUCUUCAUCUUGACAUGUUCCUUGUGAUAUACUAUUAGCGUCACUCGUUUUUACUGCCCCAUACUAUUCCUAAAGACAUUCUUUUGUUAACUAUAUCGAUAUUUCCAUUGUAAUCUUAAUCCUAGAGGUUUUAAAUAUUUUAUUUUUCAUUUUCAAUGUAUGUGUUCCCUUAAUUUAUUUUCAGUACUUAGGGCCUAAAUUUUUAUAAGAAUUUAUCAUCUAGUUGGUGUAAGAUGAAUGAAAUUCGUAUAUCCGUAAGUACGUUAGAUGUAAAGAUAUUUUUGGCUUGAUUUUCUUUAGUGGUAGAGAUGGCGCUGCGGCCGCAAGUCGGUAAUGUUGCCAACCGUACAUUGUAUCUUGAGAAUGUUAUUGUUUUAUAGGCUCUAAUUUUAAUGAAUGUGUAAUAUAAUUAUUUUUUUAAAAUCAAUAAAGAGUGAUAUUAAAUGAA